CUGAAGUAUUUUACUUUAUUUUUCAGGCUGUGGCUUCCCUGCCCGAAGAUAUAAGACCUGGCCCUGAUCUGUAUGGUUUCCCAUGGGAAAUAGUGAUUUGUGCUGGCAUCGUUGGAGCCUUUACAAUUCUCUUGUUCCUGUACAGAAGUUAUCAAGCAGUUAGAAGUCGACUUUAUGUAGGAAGGGAAAAACAGCUUGCCAGUAAAAUUGCUGAACUAGUUGAAGAAAAAUGCAAAAUUCUUGAAAAACUCAGCCUUUGCAAAAAAGAGUUUGAAGGUUUAGAAUUGUCUCUGAAGGAUGGUAACACUUUGAAAGAAUCAACAGACGCAUCUUGUUUUGAGGAAAUGCAUGAAAGGCUGAACAAGUCAAACUCGGAACUCAACCAGGAAAUAGAAAAUCUAGAAAAAGAACUGGAAGAAGAAAAAUCUAAGCAAUCAGAAAAUGAUACCUUGGUGGCUGAAAUUCAGGAGAAAUUGGAAUCUGCGCGGAAUGAAGAAAAAUCUAUCCAGUCACAAAUUGAUGAGGCCAAGUCCACCCUAAAAGUAUAUCAGAUUAAUACAGAGAGACUCAAGACAUCUGUUCAAGAUGCAGUGGAUGAAAACAGCCAUCUCCAGGAAAGUGAGAAACAGCUUUUACAAGAAGCUGAAGGAUGGGGUGAACGAUUCAGUGAACUGAAUGAACAAACGAAGAUGUUUGAAUCAUCUAAAGCAGAUCUAGAAGACGUUUUGAAAAAUAAAGAGAGUCAAAUCAAGUCACUGACACAGUAUAUACUGAAGAUGAAAGACUGGAGUUCAGCAAUAAGAGAAGAGGAUGAUGCCGAAGACAAUAACUGGGACACAGAUAUAAAGGGUGAAGCAGAGAAUGGAGAGCACUUAGAUGAUCAGCAAAAACGAACUGUGAAGAAGUUGAUCUAUGCAGCAAGGUUAAAUGCUUGUUUAAAGACCCUGGAAGCAGAAAGAGAUCAAAUGUAUUCAAAACUGUCCGAUGAGAAUAAAGCUAAAGGAGAACUUACAGAACGCAUAGAAAACUUUCAAAGUGAACAAACUUCCUUGCGGUCUGAAAAUGAGCGUUUGGAAAAUGAAGUUCAAAAGCUUCAGCAGAAACUUAAAGUAAUGACUGAACUUUAUCAAGAAAAUGAAAUGAAACUACACAGGAAACUGACGGUAGAAGAGAGGGAACGUCUACAGAAGGAAGAAAAGCUUUCUAAAGUAGAUGAAAAAAUUAAUCAUGCUGCUGAAGAACUAAACAGCUACAGAGAACGAGCAAAGGAUCUCGAAGAAGAGCUGGAGAGAACCAUUCGUUCUUACGAGAAUCAGAUUACUUCACAUGAGAAAAAAGCUCAUGAUAAUUGGCUGUCAGCCCGAGCAGCCGAAAGACACCUCAACGAUAUCAAAAAAGAAAAUGCACAUAGCAGACAAAAAUUAACUGAAGCAGAAUUUAAACUUGAACUUUUAGAAAAAGAUCCUUAUGCUCUCGAUGUUCCAGUCAGACCAUUUGGCAGAGAGCAUUCCCCAUAUGGACCCUCACCAAUGGGCCGGCCUUCAUCUGAAACAAGAGCUUUUCUUUCCCCUCCAACUUUAUUGGAGGGUCCUUUAAGGCUUUCACCUAUGCUUCCAGGUGGAGGAGGAGGAAGAGGAUCCAGAGGGCCAACUGCCAUGUAUGACACUGGUAGUGAAAGAGGAGAGCUGAGUUCUGAUAGAUCAGCUGAUCCCCACAGGCCACCCUCAGACACUGGAUCCCUGUCUCCUCCCUGGGACAGAGAACGCAGGAUAAUUCUACCUCCACCAGGUGACCCUUUUGCUGAUCCAGUUCUUCCUCCUCGAAGACAAGAAAGGUUUUUCCCUAAUCCUCCUAAUACUGGAAGACUUUCUGGACCAGCAGAGCUGCGAACUUACAGUAUGCAGCCUUUUGAUAAAACAGAUGGACAAACAUCUUCAGAACAUAGUCCACAAACAGAACCAAGUGGAGAGGGGAUGAAGGAUCAUUCUAACCUCAGUAACUCGCUCCCUGAUCAGUCACUGCCACUGGAAAGUGAAGCUGUCGGUUCAGGGUUUGCACCCCCACCUUUCCCUCCAGUCAGACCUCCACUGAUGCCUGUGGAUUCCAGAGCACCACCACUUUUCAUGAGACGAGGACCUCCUUUUCCUCCCCCUCCUCCUGCUGGCAUGUAUGGUCCACGGGAAUGCUUUCCAGUACGAGACUUCAGGCACUCUCCACUGCCAAUAAGAAAUCCAUUUCCAAUGAGACCUUAUCCUCACUAUCCACCUAAACGACCUGGAUUUUUGCCUCCACCACCUCCUCCUGAAAAUAGAGCUGAACCACCUCAGUCAAAUCCAUCAGCUGUAGAACAACCAGAACCACAGCAGGAGACUUGACAGUCGUUCAGGGAACAUGCUGAACCAUUUCUGUGCUCUCCUAAUGGCAUUUUUCCUUAUGUUAAGUAACCAUUGUUACUUAGGUAUAUAUAAACUACUUUGCUCAAAUUGAAGCUUAAUAGAGAAAAUUCUCAGGAUAGUAUUUUGUAAAUAAAAGAAUGAAAUA